AUGGAUCCGCUGUCGCUCGCUGCCAGUAUCGCUGGCCUCGUGAGCCUCGCGGGCGCUGUUAUAUCAGCGGGCUACAAAUUAAACUCCAAGUUGAACGAGGAUACGAGCGACACCAAGACGCUGGUGAACGAGACAGCUAACUUCUCGGGCAUCUUGCUGGGUGUUAAGGCACACCUAGAGUCCUUUCAAUCUCUCGAUGUCGAUCUGAAGGCUGUUCAUAACACUAUAGAAGACAGCAAGCUUACGAUAAAGCUUAUCAAUGAGUUAUUGGCCAAGCUCUCAAAGUCUAAUCGCAUUGAGACGUUGAUCAAGGCUGGAGGACGGGAGGAGCAGGCCGUCAAGUUACUUCGCCGUAUUGAGCAGUAUAAGAUGUUCUUUGUUCUGUGCUUCCAGCUUGGGCAGAACUCUCAAUCCGAAACCCUGCAAAUCCAGAUGCAGGAUAUUGUGACUCAGCUUAACUCUUUCAACGAAACCCAGAAAGGCGUUGAAAAAGCAGUUGGCAAGUUGGUGGAUGCUGGUCAAAUUCAGCAACAAGAAAAGAUCAUCAAGUGGCUGGGAACACCAACGGAGGAUGAACAUGAUGAUCUAUGCAAGCAACGCGAUGCAUCCUCAGCUGAGUGGAUAUUGCAGAGACAAGAAUUCAACAGCUGGCUCUCUUGUCCCGGUCUAGCACUAUUAUGCCUCAACGGAACACAGGGUUCGGGAAAGUCGGUUAUCGUAUCGAAGGUCAUCGAAUCGCUCCAAGAGUCUACUGAGCCUGGAAGUAAUGCUAUAGUUUAUCACUACUGUCGCUUCACCAACCCAGCCAGUCUUUCACCGACGAACUUAGUCGGGUCGCUCAUAGGCCAGCUCCUCAAACAAUCUUCCAACCCAAGCGUCCUCUUAGAAGUUGUGAAUAACGUCUACGAAAAGAAUCGCAAACGAUCUGCUCACCCAAGCCUCCAAGAUCUACAGACUCUGUUCACCGAUAUCUCUAACUACUUCGAGAGGGUUCUAGUCGUCAUCGAUGGUUUGGAUGAAAUGAAUGGCUACUGGGAGAUCCUGGACUUUCUGGAGACUCUACUUGAGAUAGGUACCGAAUUCAAGAUUAUGAUAGCGAGCAGAGCUGGAAUGGGCCUCGAUGAUGCUUUCCCAUCUUGCUUUAGGAUCACAAUUACGUCGACAGAUGUUGCAUCCGAUAUUGAGAGCUUGGUCCGCAAGAAACUCAAUAAGCGUCGGUUCCGCGGGUCCGAAGUUGAAGCUGUCAUCAGAGAACUGAUUGUUCGUGCUGACGGAAUGUUUAUCUGGGUCAUAUGUCAAAUUGACCAUCUCUCCCGCGUCCGAACAGCUCUCAGUCCAAAGCUUGUGCAGGCCCUACCUCGCAACCUCGAGAAGACUUUUGAACAGGCCUUUCAGACGCUCGAAGAUGAAGAGGAGAAGAAGCUUGCGAAGCGUAUCUUGUUGUUUGUCAUGUUUGCCAAUAAACCACUCGAUUUGUCAGAAUUGGUUGAAGGGAUCGCUAUUAAGUCAGAUACAAAGACACUCGACGAUGUGCAAGCCAACUCGUUGCGUGAGAAAAGUUACGUAUUUGAGCUCUGUGGAAGUCUGGUUCGAGAAUCUCAGGCAACAUCCAAGAUUGAUCUGGCGCACUACUCUGUGUAUCAGUUUCUCCAAUCUCCCAAGAUCGAGGGGAGCAGGGAAAAUGAGCUCUACCUUGACAAGUCUCUUGGUAAUAUCGAGCUUCUCACGGCUUGUAUUCGAUAUCUGACAAUCGAGAAUGUUUCAUCCGGUGGAAUCGCCGAGGAGGUAGAGGCUGCAUUGGAAGACGACGAUCUGUACAUCAGUCCCGAAGUAUUUACAAAUACGCCAUUCCUCCAACAUGCAGUAAGUAGCUGGCCAGCCUAUACCUCGAAGAUCUCAGAAGCCGAGCUUAAAGACAUCUGGACCUCUGUUCUACUUCCGUUCUUCGAGCCUAGUUCGAAGUACUUCAAGUUCUGGGUACGCAAAGCACGCUAUCUUCACGGAUAUUACAGGUAUCCUCCGGGAAUCACACCACUACACGUCGCUGCUACCCAUGGUUUGCCAAAUCUAGCCAGAAUCCUUUUGGAAGAUAACCAUCUCAGCAAAGCCACCUGGCAGGUAUCGAAAGCCAAAGUGGGGAGCAGGACGCCGCUACAUAUGGCUAUCGAGAAUGGCCAGAACUCGGUGAUCGAGCUGCUUUUAGAACUUGAUCUUAUCGACUCAACAGAUGAGAGAGGCAGAACCCCUCUGCAUCUUGCUAUUGAGUGUGCAAACGAAGAAGCCGUGACCAAACUCAUCUCAGCUGGUGCAAAUGUGAACCACUGCGAAGCUGAUGGACGAACGCCGCUUUUCAUCGCCAUUGAGAACAACUGGGAUGGUCUCGCAGCACAACUCGCAGAGAUGGCGAGCCAGUACACGACUAUGCCAGAUGGGCGCGGGCCACUUCACCUUGCAGCACAAACUGGAAGCACAACGUGGAUGAAAUGUCUGAUGCUCAGAUUUCCUCCAAGAGCCAUAAACAAACCUGAUGAUGGCGGUUGGAGCCCUCUACUAUACGCUGUUGAUAGGGGCCAUUUGGAUGUCGUGAAGCUUUUAUUAUCAAAUACCAACUGUAUCGAGGUCGGUGACAAGAACGGAUGGACACCUCUGCAUGCUGCUAUCAAGCAACAGAAUGUGGACUCCGCUACCGAGUUACUAAUCUCCAAUGUUCCGAAACUGCCUUUCUCAGAAUAUAGACCAGAAGAGCCAACAAGAGGACUGGGAGAACCUGACCCUGGGAUGACAGGGAAAUAUGGUGGCGGAUACAGGCCCAGACCGUCCGCUGCAACAACUAGAGAAGGCCCAAGUCGACGCUGGGAAGAGUUGGAAUCAUCAUCUCAACCCCAGCCUCAGACAACGGUUUUGUCGCCAUUACUUCUGGCAGUCUCGAGCAACUACAAGGUUGGGGUUGAACUACUGCUGCGUUAUGCCAACACCUACGGCCGACAGGAGAUAGGCUUAUUAGAGGAAGAUGGCGAGUGUCUAAAAGCAUCGAUGAUGUUGACUGAAACAACCAUCUUCAAGAAACUCAUUCCGGUCUCAACAGCAAAGAGCAUACUGGCUGUUCUACCCGAUUGUCUUGAGAAAGGCGGUGUAUUCAUGGAGAUCUUGAAGCAAAGACUGGACAGUGACUUUGCACAUAAGCAACUUCUACCAGAGGCGUUGUCGGACGAGAGACUGACACUUGAGAUUCCCCAUAUUAUACUGGAUACCUGGCCAAUCCAGCCCAUUUCACUUCCGGACAAUAUACUUCACUUUGCCGUACAGGUUGGAAAUGAUGACGAUUUACGCUUCAUGAAGCGUCUGAUUGAUGGAGGGGCCAAUACCUCUUAUGUUGACAAGGGCGGAGAGACACUUUUGCAUACGGCAAUCGAUCAUCUCAACUGGCCCGCUACUACCUUCAUGAUUGAAAAUGUGCCAUUUACCGAGGAAAUACUGUCUAGUGCUCUCCACAGUCUCAUCGAUGUUGCUCCAAUACAAGGAAAAGAAAUCAGCCCUGAGAUUCUUGCAAUCCUGAAUCUACUUCUCGAAAAGGGCACUGAUGUCAAUGGCCUGGAUGCAUCUGACAGCAGUGUUUGCCACGCAGCGGCUGCUAGAGACGACACUGUGUUCUUGAAAUGGGCGUUAAAGAACAACGCUGUAUUGGCUGCUCCAACCUCGAGAGAUGAUACGCCAAUCACCGUGGCUGUGAGAUAUCGUAAAUAUGAGAAUUUGCAGUGUCUUCUCGACAACAUCCUCCAGACUGCCCCAGAGACUCUGGUUGAGUUUCUAGCCACGCCAAGUACAAGCUCUGGGACACCUCUCAUACAGGCCAUUGAGCUCUCUGACAUCCAAAUUUUGACCAAGCUUGUGGAAGCUGACAAGGCUGCCGAGUUGCUGGUAAAGAGGGAUAUCGAUGAAUAUCAGAGUAGGCGGUUGACAGCCUUUACUGAUGCACUGUGUACUGCUAUUCGGAAGCAAUCGGACGAGGCUGCCAUGCUAUUGAUCAGAUCGAUGAGUGGCAUCUCAUCAACAGGGUCAGCAGGGGAGACACCACUGCAUACGGCAGUGAAAGCGGAAGACGAGAAGAUGGUCAAAGUGUUGCUUGAACAAGGGGCACAUCUGAAUGUGCCGCACCGCGAUACUGGUGAAACACCAUUCGCAGCUGCAACAGUCGCCAAUCUGACAAACAUAAAGGCUAUUCUAAGCGAGCAGCAAGUGGACUAUCAACCCCAAGAUAUCAUUGCAGCAGCCAAAGCUGGAGAUGAAGCCUUAGUCACAAAGGUCCUGGCCGCAUACCCUGAUGAUUUAUACAAUCAGAGAAAGGCACUAUUCACAGCUCGAAAACUACGGCAGAAGAAGAUUGAGAAGGCCCUCUGCGAACUUUUGCCAGCAGAGGCUGCAUCUUCUCUGGUAGACGAUAUAACCAGGAAUGCAUACGGCGAUACGGUUCUGCACCAAGCGGUUCGUGCGAUGAACCCCGAGAAACUUAGGUCUUUGUGCAGUGGGGGUGAUAAAGAGCUGUUGGAUGCUUAUGAUCUUGGUGGUGACUCUGCUUUGAUGCUUGCUAUUCGGAUGUGUCACUGGAGCGGCGCUGAGGUCUUGGCUAAAGCAGGGGCGGAUAUAGGUGAAGCUCUUGAGAAGGCACAUGCCGAGAAGUGUGAGCUUUGGAUCGAGAAGCUUGACGAACUCCAGAAUCGCUAUGGAAGGGUGAGGCAGCGUGUGUUUCCCUCCGAGAGUAGUAGAUUUUAG